GACAACGCAAAGCAAGCAACUCGAAAGCCAGCUUUUUAUGCCUGAGUUGUUCCUCAGCCGACCGACAACCAUCCUCGUGUAGUUUGCGUUAAGACAUCAGCAACAUCUCAAGGGCGUCAAGGGCGCCAUGGAUCGUUGUCUCCUCCUCCUGGCGGUGGCAAUAUUUGCUGCUGUCGAAGGCCCACUUGUGUUUGGAUUGCGAGAACUUCGUGACCCAGCCCCAACGACAGAGGACCCAGCUGUCAGCAAUGAUGACUCACUCAUGCCUCUUACGGCCGUCGCACCGCUUAGCCAUGAUACGGUCGCGCCAACGGCUACUGUUCAGCUUGCUGCUUUCGACGGACGUCAAGGACGUCGUCUUAACGUCGCCGCUUCCAUGCAACUCCCUCCUUCUUACGGCCCAACAGCAUCGCCGUCACCGCUUCCUAGCAUGCCUCUCCCGCCUUCACCCGUUGAAGGCAACACGCCCUCGCCGCUGCCAUCCACGCCCCUUCCACCCACCGAGGGCAACUUUUCGCCGUCACCUGUUCCUCCUGCGCCCUCUCCGAUUCCGCCCCCUCCACCUUCACCUGUUAUGAACGAUGAGGCUCCAGCGCCCUCUCCGAUUCCGCCCCCUCCACCUUCACCUGUUAUGAACGAUGAGGCUCCAGCGCCCUCUCCGCUGCCUCCAUCACCCUACGUCAAGGACACGCCGUUUCCCUCUUCACCUACUCCAUCAUCGCCUCCUCCCUUCAUCCUCGAUCCCUCAGAGGAGCCAAGUCCGCCAUCACCGCAAGCGCCAUCUCCUCCAGUCCAGGCAUCCCCAGUGCCGUCGCCAACAGAGCAAUCACCGGAGCCGGCGUCACCCCCAGCGCCAUGGCCUACGGUCCCACCCUCACCCUCGCCAGCACCUUCCCCAGCACCCUCGUACCCGCCAUCGUACCCGUCGUCGUACCCGCCAUCGUAUUCACCGUCGCCAGUGCCAUCUUAUCCACCAACGUCAUCGCAUUCGCCGUCACCGGUACCUUCGCCUUCCCCAGAUCCUUCGUCCAACUCGUCGUCUCCUUCCCCGUCGCCUUCGUCCUCAGACACCCCUUCGGCUUCGUAUUCCCCAUCGCCAUCUCCCCCCGUCGCAUCACCUUCGCCCUCAGACGCCCCGUCGGCUUCGGAUUCGCCAUUUCCAUCCCCUUCGCCCUCUUCGCCCACUUCCGUGCUAUCGAACGCGCCGGUGUGUGGCGGGGACGGCACUGCGGCAACUUGCCUCAAGACAAACGCCACAACGGGGACCAUUCUCGACGCGUACCUCCUUUCCGCGUCGGGUUGGCAAUCUGUGUCAAGUUCGUACCCUAUCCUUCUGUACGAGUUUGGUGUGAUCAGCAUUAUCGGUUCGAAUACCACUUACAAGGCGCGUCAAGCUUACUCAACCAAAAGCACGGCAACCAUUACGUCGUUGCCGGCCGGCGGUGCCAAUACGUUAUACGUCUGUGUUCGGGCAGCAAACAGUACGACAAUACCCGUUGGAGAUCGCGCGUGCGCACUGGUUACGGUCAAGGCCAGCACGCAGGUAUCGGACCAGCAAAUCACAAGCAGCAUACUCGCCGUCCAGCAAGCGCUGUCGUCUAGCAGUGCAGUAUCUGUAGCCGACUCGCUGGAUAUGGCUCAACGCCUGUCAGCUCUCGCGACCGUCGCAAACUCUUCCACCGUUAGCGCAUUGGCAUCUAACCUGCUGAGCCAGAUGUUGAACGCUGCGGUCAACAGUGACCUGUCUUCUGCCACCGCGUCUCAGGUUUUCGGGGGCAUGAGCGCUAUGUGGUCACUGUCGAGUGCCAAUGGUCGUGCUGCUGUAUUAAACUCGGUUGGCUCGCUUACAGCCAAGAUCGCCCAGCUGCAGCUCACACCUGACGCUGCCGGGCCCAUCGCUGGGUUCUUCUCUGAAAUGCUCGACAACGCUUCUGAGCUGGUUUCCACGACUGCUGCCGGCCUGGGUGGUGCCAGCAGCGCUGCGUCCAUCAAAGCAGCGCAGCAGGUGCUCGGAACCCUCGUCCAGGGUGGUGCGGCGCUUACCCAAGGCUUGCUCAACGCUGCCCCAGCGGAUGGCUCGGCCAUCUCUAUCAGCACAACUCGUCUUUCAGCCGCCGUGAGGCACGCGUCUGUGGCUCUUGCCAGCGCCGGCAUCACGACUUCGUUCCAUGCACCUGGGGUCGCCACUGCUUCCAGUCAACGCCGUCGGUCAUUGCUCGCAUCUGACUUCAGCACCUCUUCUCCGGUCACCGUCGCCCUGAGCCCCGCCGUUGGUCAGCUGUGCGCUGCCGUCGCCUCUUGCGCAUCGUCUGCCGGAUUUGGGUUGACCGUGAGGAUUCUUGAUGACACUUCAUUGCUCAUUGCCUCCCUUGGCGGUUCUGCGGUGCCCUUGGCUGCGAACUUGGCGAACCGUCGCAUUGGCGGCUCGGUGGAGAUUAUUUCGCCGAUUGUGCGGAUUAGUGCGCCUGGCCUACCCGCUUCCGCAUCUACGCUACCAAGCCUUGUUGUACUGGACCUCCCCGUCAACAUGACGGCAAUUGCUGUCAAUGGCGCCAACACAACGCGCGCUCUUGUUCGCUUACAGGACGUUGGUGCUGCAAGUGUUGACUCAAGCGUCGGAAUCUUUUCUGGGACUUCCGCCACCAGCACGCUCAACCCAGGCGCCUCGGGCAGCACUGUCCCUGAUGUCAUCUCAGGGUAUAGCAAUUCGCUGGGAGACUUUGUGGUUCUGCAGUACGCCAGCGGUGCCGUUCUAACAUCAGGCUCGUCCUCGUCCUCGCCGUCUCCAUCACCGUCUCCUUCGCCGGCCCAUUCUGCCGCUGGUUCAGCAACGCAACCACACACGCUCUUGGCGUGUGUCUUGGUGGGCUUGGUUACGCUCCUCCUCACGUUCUUGUCUUAAUGACGGGCAUGUUCACGCCAAGGCGGCCUGAUAAGUCGUCAACCCAAGACCGUCAGCUGCAAAGUGGUACUGUCACUGCAUCAGGAUGGGUGUUGGCCUGCUCAGGAGGAUGCUAAGAAUAUUCUUUUCGCACCUGCACGCAUUCUGUUGAUAAACAUUGCUAUUACAACGUUUGCCCCGGUAUAGCUUGCCGCAAGUUGUGCUUAACGUGUGUGUUGCGGUGUGUUGCUGCAUUUUAUUUUUACUAGCUGGCAGUGUGUUGGCUCUCAAUUACAAUUCAACAAUUGGCUCUCGCGAUAUUCAUUCCGCAGGAAUGCAGUAAAAUAUGCUAGUGUACUUAUUAAUUUAGGGAUUUGCAGUAACGGGUGUGCUAUAGCUUUAGGUGUAUUUCGCCCCUGAUUAAAACCCGGCAUUGGAAACUGCUGCCGUGGUGUCGUUUGUAGGCUGUGUAUGGUGCUAAUCCUUGUAGAUCCAUUAAUCCAUUUUAAUGUUAGGUCGUUAAUUCGUCAUAAACGUAGGUCGGUAAUCCGUCAUAGUGUAGACAGACCACAUUCUUCCCUUGCUUGAUUUGGGUAGCAAAUUUGGGUACGCCCCACUUUAGUCACAACUCUUAACCCCCCAGUGGGACUGCGAAUCGGUCGGAUUACUGGCGCAACGCUCCCAAUUGCGUGCCAACCGAACUACAGAUUUUGUUUGUAUAACAGUGAUAGAUAUUAACCACCGUGUUAUGCUGCGUGCCCCAACAAUGGUGUUAGGAUUGAGGUGUUACGGCGGCCCCAGGAUGGGACUAAGAGGGCUGCCGUGUUGGGAUAUGCUGGUGCAAGCGGUGCAUGUACUUGCUGAAAUGGUGAUUACGGUUCUUGCAACAGAAGAUGUAGGAAAACCUUGAUUGCUUACGGCAGCAGGGGAAAAGACCUUGGAGGCUCAGAGUCAUUGUAAAUUUAUCCGUUCCCGA